AUUGGUAAAUCUGAUUGGCACAUUCACCAAAAUUAAAAUUCUGUUUUAAAGGAGGGAAUAAAAAAUAAACCAUACACACUCGAAAUUCUCCAUAACAAUAUAUUAACCAAUCACCAUCAUUACAAAAGAAACAACCCAAAUUUAGUCGUUAAUUAAUAACAAUAAUCAAGUGCUUUUAACAGUCUUUGAGACAUGUUAACUCUAUAUAAAUAAAUAAAGUGGGCAAACACUUCUCAUUGUGUCUUAGAAAAAGUAUUGUUAAACAAAAGGUAUUUGUUUAACUAUCUCCAUAUACCCCUGAACAAAAGCAUAAGAUGUCCUUCAUUGCUUCUGCGUUUAAGGCUUUGUGUUUGUCUCUCUUGUUCGUUGUUGCUGCAAGUCGUCUGACCAUGAGACCAAAGGUUUUCAAUGUCCGACGCCAUGGUUCAAAGCCAGACGGAAAAACUGAUAAUGCCAAUGCAUUCACAAGCGUAUGGAAACGUGCAUGCACAAGGAUAAGUGGAAGUAGUAAAAUCUACGUACCGAAAGGAACAUUCUACCUUGGUGGGGUAGAAUUUGUGGGUCCAUGCAAAAAUCCUAUUGAAUUUGUCAUCGAUGGAACUUUAUUGGCUCCUGCAAACCCUAGGGACAUUAAGCUGGACACAUGGAUCAACUUCCGCUACAUCAACAAUCUCUCUAUUUCCGGUUCCGGUACACUUGACGGCCAAGGGAAACACUCUUGGCCACUCAAUGACUGCCACAAAAACACCAAUUGUCCUAAACUAGCUAUGACUAUGGGAUUUGCAUUUGUGAACAACUCAAGAAUCAAAGACAUAACAUCACUCAACAGCAAAAUGGGACACUUUAACUUCUUCUCCGUCCAUCACUUCAACAUUACCGGCAUCACUAUAACAGCUCCCGGUGAUAGCCCCAAUACCGACGGUAUCAAAAUGGGUUCAUGUAGCAACAUUCACAUCUCGAACACACACAUUGGUACCGGAGACGAUUGUAUUGCCAUUCUCUCUGGGACAACUAACCUCGAUAUCUCCAACGUCGAGUGUGGUCCCGGACAUGGGAUCAGUGUCGGAAGCUUAGGAAAGAACAAAGACGAGAAAGAUGUGAAGGACUUAACGGUAAGAGACACAGUUUUCAACGGCACAAGCGAUGGUAUUCGGAUAAAAACUUGGGAAUCUUCGGCUUCGAAGAUCCUAGUUUCUAACUUCGUAUAUGAGAAUAUUCAGAUGAUUGACGUUGGAAAACCGAUCAACAUCGACCAGAAGUAUUGUCCUCACCCACCUUGUGAACAUGAACAAAAGGGUGAGUCUCACGUUCAGAUCCAAGACAUUAAGUUAAAGAAUAUAUAUGGAACGUCGAAAAACAAAGUGGCAGUGAAUCUGCAAUGUAGCAAGAGCUUUCCAUGUAAGAAUGUUGAACUGAUUGACAUUAACCUAAAGCAUAAUGGACUCGAGGAUGGUCCUUCCACUGCGGUUUGCGAGAAUAUUAACGGUUCUAUACGUGGUAAGAUGGUUCCUCAGCAUUGUCUAGACUGACAUGACGGUCCAGAACAAUGACAAUUUGUGUUGUACAUGAUGUUUUUAUUUAUACAUUACUGAUGGUGUAUAUACUUAUGUUUUAUAUGUUCGUGUUUAUAUCAUGAUCACACAUACAAAUUCCAAAUGAAUAGUUCUUUCUACGACAAAACAAAUCUACGACAGAAUGGUUAAAUUUGUAACUUCCAAUAGUUUUAUCAUCAUAAUAUGUAACAUAUUACACUUUACUAGAAUCAAAAAUAAUAAGAACAAUCUCAGUAAUAUCUUUAAGGUUUGUGUCAAUGUUUUUAAACCCGACCCGGACUGUGAACCGGACUACCUUCUGAGUCGUCGCAGAGUUCGACCACGGGUCAA